GCUUGGAUACAACAAUGUGAUGUUUUGUGGAGAUGCAUUUAUCUUAUAUCGAAAGUUUAUUUAUUUUUUUGAAUGAUGAACAGAAGUAUCAGAAAAAGCACUCUCUUCUUGCUAUUUAUCUGAAGGAUAUAAGGAAUCUUAGUCGAUCCUAUGAUAAGAUUUAUUUUGUUAAGAUUCCUUGUAAUGUAAACUCUACUGCUGAUAGUUUAGCCAAGGAUACUAGAAUAAGAAAGUCAAGUUCAUCAUGGACUGAUGUAAAUUAAUGUUUUUUAAUAAAAUUUUGUUGCCGACAAAAAAAAAUAAAAAAUAAAAAUAAACGAAGACUUUGAGCGCAUCUUGGUUUCUUCUGUCUUGAAACAAAGAAAUGAGUCAACGAACCCAACAACUCAUGGAGACCAAACCAAAAAUACAACAGCAAACACAGAAAUUUCUGAGCAAAACAUUCGGAGUGAUUAAUCAAGAAGACCAUCUCUAAAAACAUCUUGAGAACCAGCAGCAAUCGUGGAUAAAACAAGAAGAUGAAGAAAAAUUUCGUGAUGAAAGUUGAUAUGACACACGACAAAACCCGAUCAAAAGCACUGGAAACUGUGGUACAGUUUGCAGGCGUGUCAGCUGUGGAAAUCAAGGGGGUUUACAGGGACCAUAUGGUUGUGACUGGUGAUGGAAUCGAUAUAGUCGGUAUAGUUAACGGUCUGAGGAAAAAAGUAGCUUUUGCGGAUAUUGUAAGCGUAAACAAAUAUGAACCACCCAAGAUAGAUUACAAAGAGCCGGAUGAAAAAGCCUAUACAUACUUUUUAAAAUCAUAUAUGAAAAACUUGGAAGUUGAAAGAGAUGGUAUUCUCACUGACAAUUUUCAAGCUGAAGCAAAAUCCAGAAGAGAUGACGAUUUACCUGGUGAAGCAAACCCAGAUGCGACCUUUAUUAUUAGUUUGGAGAACAAGAGAGCUGUCGAAGAAAAAAAGCUAGAUCUGAGCCACGGUUUUGUCGGCCACCUCGUGAGAGCCUUGGAAAAAUAUGGAGUCAACGUCGGGGGGAUGGAGGAAUCCAGGAUGGCACUCGUAAUCUUCUCGAGCAAGUACGCAGAAUCAAGAUGGUGCUUAAGCGAGCUGCUGAAGAUCAAAGCUCUCAUGGAAGAAAGGAAACUCUUAUUAGUCAUUCCAAUUUUCUACAAAGUGGAGCAAUCGGAGGUUACACAACUGAAGGGAGACUUCGGUGUUAGAUUUUGGAAUUCCUGGAGAAGGAAUCGGGAUCUCCGUAUCAUUGAAUGGAAGGAAGCUUUAAAGUCUGUUGCGUCCUUGAAGGGCAUCUACUUGAACGAGGAACACUGUUCUGAGAGCGAGUUCAUCACUCUCACCGUCAAGGAAGUCCUAGAGAAACUUAUCCUGCAGAAAGGAGAAAUUCCAUCUCUCUUUCUUUCUACAUGUGAAGGCACAAGGCCUGAUUUGCCCACAGGAAGAGGAGAAAAGCAUUAUCUUAACAAAUGUCAGCUAUUUGGAAUGGAGCAACGCAUGGAGCAAUUCGAGAGGAAGUUAGAUUUUGAUUGCAAUGAAACUCGCAUUAUUGGUGUUGUAGGGAUGCCUGGUAUUGGUAAAACCACUCUCGCAAUGCUGCUGUAUGAAAAGUGGAACUGCAAGUUUCUACGUUGUGUGCCUCUUUGGGGUAUCCGUAAGAAGUCAGAUGAAUAUGGGCCGGUGUGGCUACAAAAGACCCUCCUGGAAGUCUUACUCGAAGGAAAGUUUCCAGCGACAACACAUGAAUCCGUGAAGGAUAAACUUCUUCAGAAUAAAGUUUUUGUUGUCCUCGAUGAUGUGAGUAACAAGGAACAACUAGAGUUUCUCCUCAGUGACCUUGACUGGAUUAAGAAGGGAAGUAAGAUCAUUAUUACUACGUCUGACCAGUCAUUGCUCAAGGGUUUUGCUGAUGAUAUAUUUGUUGUCCCGUUAUUGAACGACAAAGAGGCUUUUCAACUCUUUACUUUUCAUGCCUUCGAUGAUCAAAUCUGUAGUGCCACACAGAAUUUCCAGAUGAGCCUCUCAAGAAAGUUUGUGGAUUACACCCGAGGUCACCCACAAGCUCUCAUAUUACUAGGUAUUGAACUUUAUGGGAAAGAUGAGGCUCACUGGGAACAUAGGCUGGGAAUUAUGACAGAUCGUUACAAUUCAUGGACCCAAGAUCCCUUUAGAUUCAAUCAACUUAAUGAGCGGCAGAAAGAUGUGUUUCUUGACAUUGUCUACUUUUUCAAAUCAGAAGAUGAGUAUUUUGUUAGGAGUUUACUGGAUUCAGGAGAUCCUGACACCACUGGCUCUGUGAGUGAACUAAGAGAUCUUGCUAACAAGUUCCUGAUUACAAUCUCUGACGGGCAAGUAGAGAUGAAUGAUCUACUGUAUAGGUUCAGCAGGGGUUUUGAUUUCUCUUUGCGGCAUAGGUUGUGGAACUACGAAGAUAUCAUCAUCAAACUAAAGAAUAGGGAACUAUUGGAUGCCCAUAACGUAAGAGGGAUUUUCUUAGACAUGUCAAAGUUAACGAAGAGCAUCUCCUUGGACGAUUCAACCUUCAUUUAUAUGCACAAUCUUCGGUACCUGAAAAUAUACGAUUCUUGUUGUUCUCGGCAAUGUAUAGCUGAAUCCAAAGUACACUUCCCUGAGGGGCUUGAAUUCCGUUUUGGAGAGGUCCGAUAUCUUCAUUGGCUGAAAUUCCCUUUAAAGGAACUUGCAACCGAUUUCAGACCGAAAAAUCUUGUUGACCUUAGGCUGCCACACAGCAACAUUGAACGUGUUUGGGAAGGUGUUAAGGAUACACCACGUUUGAAGUGGGUAGAUCUAAGCCACUCCAGUAAUUUGCUCGACUUGUCAGCAUUGUCAAGAGCUGAAAAUCUUCAAAAAUUAAAUCUAGAAGGCUGCACGAGUUUGGAAGAGUUGCCGGUGGAAAUCCAAAAUAUGAAAUCUCUCGUUUUCAUGAACCUGAGAGGAUGCACACAUCUUUCAUAUCUUCCCAAGAUGAAAUUAAUAUCUCUUAAUACUCUCAUCCUUAGUGACUGCUCAAACCUCGAGGAAUUUCAGCUUAUCUCUGAAAGUUUAGAAGUAUUACAUCUAGAUGGCACCGCAAUUAAGAGACUUCCUCUAGCCAUCAAAAAGCUCCAGAGACUUGUCUUAUUGAAUUUGAAGAACUGCACAGUGCUGGAGUGUCUACCCAACUGUUUAGGAGAGCUGAAAGCUCUUGAAAAGCUAAUACUUUCUGGUUGUUCAAGGCUUAAGAAUCUUUCAGAUUUAAGGGAAAACAUGAAACAUCUCCAGAGUUUACUUAUCAACAGGAUAGGAGCAAAAGAGAUGCCAAACAUAUCGUGUGCAAAUAUAUCAGAAGGCCAAGCUUCUGCAGAUAUGGUCGUACAACCUUUUGGCCCAAGGCAAUGGCCUCGUGGUGUUAAUGGAGUAUGCUCUCUGCGACGUCUAUGUUUAAGCGGAAAUGAUUUUGUCAGCCUGCAAACUGAUAUUGGGAAACUUUACAAUCUAAAUUGGCUGGACGUGAGGCAGUGCAAGUUGCUGACUUCUAUACCUAUGCUUCCACCAAGACUUCAGUACUUUGAUGCUCAUGGCUGUGAUUCACUGGAAAGAGUUGCAAAUCCUCUGGCUCUUCCAGUGCUGUCAGAGCAGAUCCAUGCCACAUUCAAUUUUUCUAACUGUAACAAGUUGGAUGAAGAUGCUAAGGAUAGUAUCAUAUCUUAUACUCGGUGGAGAAGUGAGUUAGUGUUAGAUGCAUUCUCUCGAUACAAUGGGGGUUCGGUUUUGGAAGAUUUCACUGGAUCUUGCUUACCUGGAUGGGAUAUACCAGCGUGGUUUAGUCACCAAGCCUCUGGGUCAGUGUUAAAGCAAAAACUUCCUCAACAUUGGUGUGACAACCAGUUUACUGGGAUAGCUCUGUGCGCUGUUAUCCUAUUUCCUGACUACCACAAGCCGAGGAACCGUGUCUUAGUAAAAUGUAAUUGUGUGUUCAAUUACAAAGACAGGUCUCAUAACCGUUUUAUCUACACUAUUGGUAGUUGGAGGGAACCUAGUAACACACCGGGGAAGAUUGAGCCGUCUCAUAUCUUUGUUGGCUAUACCAGUACGUUAGAUAUCAAGAAAUAUGGUGGGGAAGCAGAUGAAGAGGGAUGUAGUCAAGCUGAGGCUUCUUUUGAAUUUCAAGUGACAGAUGGUACAGAUGUGUUAAAAGGGUGCAAGGUGCUGUAGUGUGGCUGUAGUUUGGUUUAUGCAACCAAUGGAAGGGAGAAUAUAAGGUGGGAUGCGGAGACUGUUGAAAUUCCAGAAAGGAUUGAGAACGUCCUAGGUAAAGCAAUAUCUUAUGGAAACUCUGGAAGUCAUGUUGAUACCCAAUAUGAAUCUUACUCUGGUCCAUGUCCGGGAAAGGAUGCAAAUUUCUUCUGUGAAGCAAAAUCUGACGCUAACCCAAAUUUAGAGAAGAGUUUUGAAAACAAGGAAGUUGACCUUCCAAGUGAAGAAGAAGACGCAGGAAGAGAAAUCAUUGUAAGCUCUUAUCAUGACAACACAUCUUCUUCAGGAAGUUUAGAGAAGCUUAAAAUGCAUUCUUUAGUUGGAGUUGAACUACGACUCAAGCAAAUGGAAGAGGCCUUGUUCUCGACACCAGGAAAAACUUGCAUUCUUGGAGUUGUUGGAAUGCCCGGCUUUGGUAAAACAACUCUUGCAAGAAUUUUGUUUGAAAAGCGUGGGUGGAAGUUUCCAACUCACUUGUUUUUAACAAUGUCAAAAAAAUACAGCCUGGAGCAGUUGAGGAGGGUGUUCCUGAAGGAGUUACUCAAACACGUAAAUCAAGACAAAGAUGAUGAAACGACGACUCUAGAACAACAAGAACUCUUUGUUGAAGUGUUUUGUUUGGAAGGUUGUUGAUAUGUUCCUGAAGCAAACCGUAAAGUCCCCUUUCAUGAUAAGCUUCAUGAAAGUUGUGGACGAAGCAAGUGACUUCAUAGUCACCAGACAUUUGGUCAAAGAUUGCUUCAGCAAGCACUGUCUUGCCUAUGCCUGGCAUACCACAAAUCCCUAUUCUUUUAACUCCCCAUGGUUGCUUGCAUAGCAAGUUUUCUAUAUCUGGCAGCAUCCUAGAGUAGAUACCGAUUCUUUGUUUUGGAAAUAUCUUCUCAUAAACAUCUCUGGCAAUUUUUUCUACAACUUCGUACUCACUACAAAAACCGUAUUGCCCUUAUCACUUGCUAUGUUAUAUGAUGUAUUAAGGAAAAAAAUAAAGAAGGUAUUUCUAACCUUUGACAA